CUAUUGAUUGGAAAUGAAUCUACUACUUGAAAAAAUAAAUAGUAGCUGAGAACGAACAAUCCGAAAGUAAGCCUCUGUUGCUGUCGCUGCAAGUGUAAUUUCGUCAGUAGUUAAUUGAGUUCUUCGAGUUCAGUCUUCGUCGUCGGUUGUCAGCGAUAAGACACACAGUAGGCUUAGGCUUAGUGAAGAGCCAACAUAACCCAACAACAUGUGGUGCUUUGGCAGAAGAACGAUCGUUGGUGCUUCUGCAUUGAUCAUACUUUCGAUUUUGUGUUGUUGUUCCGAGGCCCAUUGGACGCGGAGUCUGUUCGGUUUGGCGGAAAAUGAUCAGCAACAGUCACAGCAUGUGCAUCCUCCACCGGACGACGUUAGUUCAACGGAUGAGGAUCGAGCCGGCAACCGUCAGAAACGGCUGAUAUCGGCUUCGGACUACGAGCAGACGGCCCAGUUUUGGAACGUUGGCGCCCAGCUUAAGCUGAAGGAGCAACUGUUGAAACGGGUAAAUCAUAACGUGGCCAAGAAUGUCAUCUUUUUCCUCGGUGACGGAAUGUCCAUUCCGACGUUGGCCGCCAGUCGGAUGUACAUGGGCCAGAUGCAGGGCCACUCGGGUGAAGAAUCUCAGCUGUCCUUCGAAGAGUUUCCGGACGUCGGCCUAGUCAAGACGUACUGUGUGGACAAACAGGUUGCGGAUUCGGCUUGCUCGGCCACGGCCUACUUGUGCGGUGUUAAGGCCAACUACGCCACGAUCGGUGUGACGGGUGCGGUUAAGUACAACGACUGCGAGGCAAGCAGUGAUCCGAAAAAUCACGUUCAAUCGAUCAUGACGUGGGCCCAGGCAGCGGGAAAGGCUACCGGAAUUGUCACGACGACACGGGUUACGCACGCAAGCCCGUCGGGAACGUACGCACAUGUGGCCAACCGGGAUUGGGAGAGCGAUGCCGACAUACUGGCCAAACGGGGUGAUACCGAUAACUGUCCGGACAUUGCCUCUCAGCUGGUACGAAACGAACCUGGUAACAAAUUUAAAGUCAUCCUGGGAGGAGGUCGCAGGAAGUUCAUACCCGUAAGUGAGAAAGAUCCCUCCGGAAAACCUGGUCAACGUUUGGAUGACAUCAAUUUGAUAUCGGAAUGGUACUACAGCAAACCCAAAGGCACGGCCAUGUAUGUGGCCAACAAGAGAGAACUUAUGUCCGUGGAUUUCAAUGAAACUGAAUAUCUGCUAGGGUUGUUCCAGAGUGAUCACCUAAAAUAUCACAUGGACAGUGAUUACAAGGAAGAUCCAACGCUCAGCGAUUUAACUUAUGCCGCCAUUAAGAUGUUGGAAAAGCACGACAAAGGAUUCGUCCUGUUUGUCGAGGGAGGCAAAAUUGAUUUAGCUCACCACGAAACUAAGGCUCGUAAAUCGCUGGAUGAAACAGUGCAACUAUCGGAAGCUGUCCUUCUAGCAACGCAAUACACAAAAUCCGAUGACACAUUAAUCCUAGUGACGGCCGACCAUGCUCACACGAUGUCCCUUGCCGGGUACUCGAAACGAGGUAACGACAUUCUUGGCAUUAGUACGUCGAUGAGUGACAAUGACAAAAAGACCUACACCACUCUGGCCUACGCCAAUGGCCCCGGGGGACCCGCAAUGGGUGAGAAUGGCCAAAGGGCGAACCUCACCGAGGAGAUGGUGGCCGACAAAGACUUCCAGUAUCCGAAAAUCGUUCCCUUGAAGUACGAAACCCACGGCGGCGAUGACGUAGCACUGUUUGCCUAUGGCCCGUGGUCACACUUGUUCAACGGAAUGUACGAGCAGAAUGUGAUACCGCAUAUCAUCGGUUAUGCGGCGUGUAUAGGGAAUGGGCUGACGGCUUGCGGCGAGAGUAAACCUUGAAGAUUCCUGUUAGUUAGUAUUUGCGUUUUUAACUGUUUUAGUGUUCACUAAAUGUUUUUAAUUUAUUAAUUUUAAUAGUGU